AUGCCACUCCAGGGUAAGAGCCUGACGUGGGGAAUCACAAUUUCCUGUGGUGCAGGUUUCUUUCUUUUCGGUUAUGAUCAAGGAGUAUUUGGAGGCAUUCUCACAAACCAGAACUUUUUGGACACAUUCAACAACCCGGAUGCAACAAUACAAGCUCAAAUUACUUCAACAUACUACCUUGGCGCCAUAUUUGGAGCCAUCUUCUCGAGAUUUAUCGGCGAUCGCAUUGGACGACGACGAGCAAUUAUUCUGGGAUGUAUUUUCCUCACCAUCGGCGGCGCACUGCAGGCUUCGGCUAGUGUUCUCCCUCACAUGCUAGUUGGUCGCAUUAUUGGAGGUAUCGGUACAGGACUGAACACGACCGCCAUUCCCAUGUGGCAGGUGGAAACGUGCAAGCAGCAUCAUCGCGGAAGACUCGUAAUCAUGGAGCUGGUGUUGAAUAUUUUCGGUAUUGCAAUCACGAGUUGGAUGAACUACGGCUUCACCUACCUCCCGAACAAUUCGGUUUCAUGGCGUUUCCCACUGGCAUUCCAAUCAUUCUGGUCCAUCGUGACCUUGGUUUUGACGACAAUCAUGCCCGAGUCACCCCGCUGGUUGGUGCUCCGAGGCCGUCGAGAGGAAGCCCAGCAUAUCCUGGCACGCUUGAUGGACAAAGACUCCGAUGAUCCAAACGUUGAAGAUGCCCUGCGGAUUCUUGGGAAUACCGUGGAUCAUGAGACAGAGGCCGAAACAGCUGCCUUCACUGAUCUUCUCAAAAAUGACCGCACGCAAACCCUCCGGCGAAUCUUGCUGGGUGCUGGUAUUGCAUUGAUGCAACAGGCCUGUGGUGUAAACAUCAUUGCUAAUUAUUUACCCGUGGUGUUGACCCGGUCCAUUGGCCUCAGCGACCGACUAGCUCUGAUUUUAUCGGCAGUCUACUCGCACCUUUUGACAAUAUGGGCCAUGACCUCGAUGCUCGCAAUUGACUCCCUGGGCAGAAAGAACCUGCUUCUCCUAGGUGCCGUGGGCCAAGGAGUAGCCUUUAUUCUCAUCGCCGUGGGAAUAUAUAUCGAUACGUACCCCAUGUCCAUUUUCAGCGUGGUCUUCAUAUUUGUUUAUAACUUCUUUUUCGGGAUCUCGUUUCUGUCCAUCCCUUGGCUCUACCCUGCGGAGAUCAAUUCACAGGCCAUGCGCAACGUUGGAACGUCCGUUUCGACCGCCACAAAUUGGAUCUUUGUCUAUGUCAUCGUUUUGGUGACACCCACUGGCAUCGAUAACUUGGGGUGGGCGUUCUAUCUCAUGUUUGGCAUCUUCAACUUUGUCUUUUUGCCAUUCAUUUGGAUUUUCUAUGUCGAGACGGCGCGAUUAUCUCUCGAACAAAUCGAUCGGGUCUUUGAAAUUCAGUUUGAAGGAGCUCCUCGGAUGACAUUCAAGGCAGCACGAAGGCAGGUGUUCUUGGAGGCUGAGGUGGCUGGUGAAGGUGGUCGAGAGUUGGUUGUUAAUGCCCUAGAUCAGAAGGGUUCGGUGGACCAUUUGGAGAGUUUAUAG